CUGGACUCGACUCGCAUUCAUGCUUCUCGAAUUGAGCUCCAAAAUAGGUUUCACAAACACGUUUCCAGACUUAGCCAUUUCUAGGCAGUUUCCCAGUUUUGGCAUAGCCUUUUGAUGAGGUUCAAAAAUGGUCUUCUGGACUUUCUAUCGAGCUCUCGAUCACUUCAAUAUGUAGAGGGACAAUCCAGCUUCAAAACAAGUCAUUAGUCUUCAAUUUCCAUCUAGCCAAUUGUAUGAUAUGAAUAUCCAAAGUAGGCACCAUGAACUGUUUUUACACUGAAACAACAGAUUAGGUCGACCUGAUCCUAUAUGAGGUCGACCGAAUCCUAAAUGAGGUCGACCAGAUCCUAUAUGAGGUCGACCGAAUUCUAAAUGAGGUCGACCUAAUCCUAACUGAGGUCGACCGGAAAGUGCAAGUCACCAUGACAUGCAUGUCACCGUAUAGUUUUAAAGAUUCUUAAUUGGCUCCUAACCCAACCCAAUAGUUUAAAAUCCCACACGUUUAGUUUCCAAACUAAAGAUUAUAAAUAUUUAAGUGGACAUAUUGAUUAUUAAUUAAUAAAAAUCCUAAAACUACACGUAUACAUAAUGUGGACAUAUUUAUUUGAUUUAGAAGUCUAAAAAUAUUUGGCCUAUUUAUUAUUAAUGAAUAAAAAUCCUACUACUGCACGUAUAAAUAAGUAUACAUAUUUAUUUGAUUUAGACAUCUUAUGUACAAGAAAUCGGUCAUAUAGUAAUUAUUUUUUGGCUACUUAAUACUUUCAUUAAUUACUUAGAUUCUUCUGCAACAAUUUGCCACAAAGAGACACAACUAAUCAAUUUGGCUUUGCAUCAUUGCAUGUGGACUUCUUUGCACUAACUAAUUAUAUGCAGAAACUUUAUAGCUUCAUUAAUAAUUCAGAAUCCACCAUAACAAUUUCUCCACCAAGAAAGAAAGAGGAAUGGAAAGAGCCAAAUCAAGAAUUAAAUCUCAUGUUGACUCCCUAAUCCUUAUAAAGGCAAGAGAGUUAAUCAGCUGGUCAUUGAAAUCGAAUUCUUUGUUUUUAUCAUUUUUCUCACCUAAUUAGUCCACCAACGAUGAAGAGCUCCACCAUCUUCCUCCUCUUUUUAGUGACUUUCUUGAUCAUUGCUGGUGAACUCUCCAUCCUCAUUUUACCUCUUCUCUUUAAUUUUGAAUUUUGGGUUGUAAAUAAUAUAUUUCUUAGGUUAUACAUUCGAAAUUUUGCUUAUAAUUAAUUUUAAUUUUUUAAAUAUUACGUAUUCCAUAGGCUAAAAAUAUUUCUCAAUGAUUUUGUAUAGGAAAUGAAGAGGUGAGAGCUGCUAGCAGAAAUCAGGUUUGUAAGAAGCAACAACUCCCACCAUAUGAAUUCAAGUGCUUUAAGGAUGAAGACUGUGUCCCUGGCUGCAAAGAUGAAUAUGGAGAUAAAGCUGUUGGCAGAUGCGAUAGCCUUUUUUUCAGAUGUUAUUGCUACUUUUACUGUUAAAUUAAUUAAUUGUAAUAUCCUCAACCAAUUGUGUAGGAAAAUAAAAUUUUAGUUAAGGAUGAUCAAUGUCAAUUUAUGUAUUGCCCUGCCUUAGCACGAUGUUUGGAGUCUGCUACGAGAUCGAGGCAACAUGACAAUUUUAGAAAUUAGGUUUGCGUAUUAUUAUUGUUGUUCCGUUACUAUUAUGUGUAUCAUAUACUUUGAGGACAAUUCGUUAUAAACUUAUAAUUAGGGCUGGGAAACGGUGUGGUCUGGUCCAGACUAGACCAUAUAUACGGUCUAUAGUCCAGACCGAGAGGUUAAAGUAUAGACCAUAGACCAGACCACAGACUAUACGGUAGGUCCAGACCAUGCCUGUGCGAUCUGGUUUGGUUCAGAUAGACCUCACUCAACGAAAAAUGAACAAUUUCUUUAGUCAAUCACACAAAAAAUUGAACCAAUAAUCAAGAAAAAUAAUUUUUAUUUGCCUUAAAACAUUAAUCCUAACAUGCAUGAAUAAAUUUGAUACCCUAAACCUUUGUACAUAACAAAGAUAUCAAGUAAAAGCAUCCCAACUUGCACCAUAACGUUAUAAACAUUAACAUAAUUAAUGUCAUAUGGAGACACGAUUAUCUCUACUCUCUGGUUAAAUGUGGUUCUGAAUGAAGGAGGGACGAGAUUCACAAAAUUAAGGUUGAGACUUGGGUGUCGUUGUGGGAGUUGGGAGAGUGGUCGAAUGGGUUGUUAACACGUAUUGACAAGUCGGUUGGGUCCGGUAAACCGCGGUCUAGACCAGACCACACCAAGAGAUCAAAACAUAAAAUAAUACAGACCAUGGACCAGACCAUACUUAAUGAUCUACGGUCCGGACCUAACUGUGUGGUACGGGUUGGACCAUGGUUUUUCUAACGGUCUGCUCUAUUUUCCCAACCCUACUUAUAAUUAUUCAUUAUGUGUUCUAAUCAGACUUGUGUUUAGUUGAGAUAAAAGCCCAAUAAUAGGCCCAAACGGUUGAGUCCAGAACACAAAAAAGCGGCCCACAAAGGAUGUCCCAAACGACACGAGUUCAAUCAAUCCACCAACAGAAAAAGAUGGCCAGAAGCCCAAAAUUGUGGCGCCAACUGCCAAGCCGCCAACGACGUUUGAGUUGUAGCCGAAAAUUUGGAGGCGGGAGAUCAAUCCCCUACGGACACAUUUUCCCGCGGAGAAAUCCCCUCCUUCCCUUUCCUUAUCUGGACCUAAUUUCCCCCUAAUGCUCAGCUUCAAAUCAGUCCCUCUCAAUUGGAGUAAACAAUUAUCCCCUCAAUCGCCGAUUUUGAAUCAGUCGGAACAAUCUUCAAUCGUCAAAGAAAACAACAAUGCCUUCUCUCGCCGUUUCCCGAUCCGCAGAAGAACCGCUGACGCCUCAGAAGCGGAGACUGAGAUCCAACUCCACGGCGGCGCCGGAAACCCCGAUCUAUGCUCCGACGAAGCGGAAGUCGCCCCGCCGAUGUCUCGACUCCACUCCCUCUUCUCAUCCGAACUUCUCAACAAGGAACGAUUCAAUUGAACCGAUAUCGAACUCAUCGAAAUCUCCUGCCGAGGAAUUGAGCGACGAUUUCUCUGAGAUAUUGAACUGGAAUCCUAGAGAUGCAUCGCAAAUAAGCGCCGUGAAGGAGGCGUUGCACGUAUCGACAGCUCCUCCUACGAUAGUUUGCCGGGAAGAGGAGCAGAGAAGAGUGUUCGAUUUCUGCAGGGCUUGUGUCGAGAAGGAACAAUCUGGGAGCUUGUAUGUGUGCGGAUGCCCUGGGACGGGGAAGAGUUUGUCAAUGGAGAAAGUUUCGAAUAAGCUGAUCGAAUGGGCCAGAGAUGGUGGAUUUGACCCUCCAGAAGUACUGUCGAUUAAUUGUACCGCGCUUACGAGCUCUUCUCAGAUUUUUGGCAAGAUAGUUGAAAAUGGCUAUGUGAAAGUGAAGGGAACUGGUGCCCCUUUGCAACAUCUCCAAAACUUGUAUUCUCAAAAGCAGCAGUCUUCAAGUUCAAAGAUGCUCCUCAUAAUUGCUGAUGAGUUGGAUUAUCUAAUUACAAAAGACCGAGCUGUGCUUCAUGAUCUCUUCAUGCUGACAACUCUACCUUUCUCUAGAUGUAUACUGAUAGGAAUAGCAAAUGCCAUAGAUCUAGCAGAUCGUUUUCUUCCGAAACUGCAGUCGGUGAAUUGUAAACCCUUGGUGGUAACUUAUCGAGCCUAUUCGAAAGAUCAAAUACUCCGAAUCCUUCAGGAGAGGCUCAUGGUACUACCCCAUGUAGUUUUCCACCCACAAGCUUUGGAGCUGUGUGCCAGAAAAGUUGCAGCUGCAUCUGGUGACAUGCGCAAAGCACUUUCUGUUUGCAGAUCUGCAGUUGAGGUUCUGGAAGCAGAAGUAAGAGACUCUAGAAAUAACAUGGACUCAGAUACUCAAGAAAAUUCAGUUGUGAAAAUUGAUCACAUGGCUGCUGCUCUGUCAAAGGCAUUCAGGACACCUGUAAUCGACACCAUUCAAUCCCUUCCUCAGCAUCAACAAAUAAUCCUAUGCUCAGCAGUGAAGUUCUUCCGCGGAGGAAAGAAGGAUACCAUAGUAGGAGAGCUGAACAAAUCUUAUGUCGAGACUUGCAAAUCAAGAAUGAUCCCACCUGUUGGAAUUUCCGAGUUUCUGAGUAUGUGCAGAGUGCUGAAUGACCAGGGACUAGUGAAACUAGGACAGUCUCGAGGUGACGAUAAACUGAAGAGGGUGACCUUAACAGUAGACGAAGCUGACAUCAACUUCGCAUUGCAGGGAGUUCGUUUCUUUAGGACCUGUCUGCAAUAGAAGAGUGCCAAUUCUACUUCACAAGUUGGGAGAAGAGACCAAAUUCGCCUAUGGAGAAAAGGGGAAAAGCGGAAGAAAAUGGAGAAAACCAACCACUAGCUACGAGCUCAAUGGUUACCGCGUGCAGCUCAAUCAAAAAGGCCACCCAUGCCGACAUCGUCGUCCUCCGAUUCAUCUUCUGGUUCCGGCUUCUUCUCCUCCUUAGCUCCACCGCGCGGCAGCUCCUCCUCCGCUUGGUGCUGCCGGGGGCCGCCAUCGCAGCUGCAAACUUGCUUGGGUCCUGAAAUCCAUCACAAGAUUCCAACAUCAUCCAUCACAGGAUCUGCGAGUACUCGUCCAGCAGCCUGCACAGCUUCUUGUCGUACUGCACCUUCUUCUCCGCCUUCGUCACCUUGAUCGCCAUCGAUCUUUCAGUGGAUCGAGCAAACUCAGAAACACAGACACUCGCAGUGUUGACUGUUGAGUAACAAGAAAUGUGAAUUUGAGAGAGUGAGGUUGGUUUUUGACGUUUAAGUAAGUGUGUAACUGCUUGGCGUUCAUCGUGGCAUUUUGCAUGCCUGAAAUGUAUAACGGACCUCGCUUUCUGUUUCUUGUGAUUUUUGGGCUUUGCGUUCGAGUGGAUUUUAGGCCCAUAAUCUCUCCCAUUAAAUCCGGUCCAAAACA